GUGUGGUGAACUCGUCCGAGGAAGUGAUGGAGGUGGUGUCUUCAGGGGUGAUCUGAUGGAAAAGGCGGGUGCGGGAGGGGGCGGGCGCGGGCUGGUGAUGGGGGUGAAGAAAUCGAUCGUGGUGAAGCAUGCGAGAGAGGAGGUCAACAAGGGGCAUGUUGGGUUCGUGGGCGAGGGCAGUUGCAAGGUCUUUGUGGCAUACUCGUUUGAUGCGGGAGAUGAACGCAAAGUCGGGAAUGAUGGUGGUGGGGAGGUGGUGGCGAAGGGAGCGGAUGUAUUGGACGAAGCGGUCCGUGGGACUGGUCUGGCGGAGGUGACAGAAUUGUUCAAGGUAGUCAUCAAUGGUUUUCUGGGGGCGGAAGGUGGCAGUGAGAAGGUUGGCCCAUUGGAGGAAGGAGUGACGUGGUCCUCCGGAGGCUCGGCGGUUGCUGACUUCAACCAUCCAUCAUAUCGCGCCAUUGCCAAGGAGGCAGGAGGUGGCAAUGGGAAGCCAGUGGACAAGGGGCAUGUGAUGGAGGUGAAAAGAGUUAUGGAGCUGGGUUAAGAAGAGGAAAAUGUCCUCGUGGGGGAGGCCGGAGAAGGAUGUGAUGUCGACGGAUCGGAAGGAACGGGGGAUUUCCCCGUCGC